CAGCUCCCCGAAGAUCUUUUGUCCCUCCCAUGCGUUUGUGUCGCUCGUCUUCCCGCUUCUGCGCACCUCCGCCCGGCCUAGACUCGCCGCCGCAUCCUGCUCGCCUCACAUCUCCGCACGGACAGUAUGUCUGAGUAUAACGCGGUGCCGCCGUCCGGGGCCGGAGCGGCUCUCGGAGCCGGUGGAAUCAAGAAAGACGCGUUCGCUGACGCGGUGCAGCGUGCCCGGCAGAUUGCAGCGAAGAUCGGUGGCGAUGUUUCGGGUCCCCCCAUGAGCAAUAACGGAGGUGCGGAGGGUUACCCCUUCUCAGCACAGAAACGAUCACUGGAGGAUGGAGAUCAACCAGAGAGUAAAAAGAUGGCGUCGGACAGGGACAACGCUGCUGCCCUGUCUAUUGGAGCUCAGCUGGCUGCCCUUUCACAGCAGAGUAUCCGUCCCUCCACUGUCACAGAAGACUACAGAGUGCCUGAUGGAAUGGUUGGCCUCAUUAUUGGUCGGGGUGGAGAACAGAUCAGUAAGAUCCAGCAAGAGUCGGGCUGUAAAGUUCAGAUCGCUCCAGACAGUGGCGGUCUUCCAGACAGGAGUGUGUCUCUCACCGGCUCUCCUGAAUCCAUCCAGAAGGCCAAAAUGCUAUUGGAUGAUAUUGUGUCUCGGGGGCGGGGUGCACCCCCAUCCUUCCACGAGUCGACCAACGGCAGCGGCCACAUGCAGGAAAUGAUCAUUCCGGCUGGAAAAGCGGGACUCAUCAUCGGCAAAGGAGGAGAAACUAUUAAGCAGCUGCAGGAGCGAGCUGGUGUGAAGAUGAUUUUGAUUCAGGACGCUUCUCAGGGCCCGAACAUGGACAAACCAUUGCGCAUCAUAGGAGAUCCCUACAAAGUGCAGCAAGCACGUGAAAUGGUGCAGGAAAUUCUGCGAGAGAGGGAUAACUCUGGAUUUGACAGAAACGAGUAUGGCUCUCAUAUGGGUGGAGGAGGUGGUGGUGGAGGAAUCGAGGUGCCGGUGCCACGUCACUCUGUCGGCGUUGUGAUUGGCCGAAGCGGAGAGAUGAUCAAGAAAAUUCAGAACGAUGCCGGUGUGAGGAUACAGUUUAAACCAGAUGAUGGUACUGGUCCAGAUAAGAUCGCUCAUGUAAUGGGACCUCCCGAUCGCUGUGAACAUGCCGCCAGUAUUAUCAAUGAACUUCUGCAGAGCAUCAGAGUGCGAGAGGAAGGCGGAGGGGGUCCUCCCGGGCCUCCUGGCACAGGUAUGCCUCCGGGUGGGCGUGGCAGGGGGCGUGGUCCAGGCAACUGGGGCCCUCCUGGCAGUGAGAUGACCUUUUCCAUCCCAGCUCACAAAUGUGGCCUCGUGAUUGGCCGAGGAGGAGAGAACGUAAAGGCGAUCAAUCAGCAAACCGGAGCGUUUGUGGAGAUCUCGCGCCAGCCGCCACCCAACGGCGACCCCAACUUCAAACUCUUUAUCAUUCGGGGGUCACCUCAACAAAUCGACCACGCCAAACAGCUCAUCGAGGACAAGAUCGAGGGUCCCUUGUGCCCUGUUGGCCCCGGACCAGGUGGGCCAGGCCCCGGUGGACCGAUGGGCCCCUACAACCCAAACCCAUACCAGCCCGGACCCCCUGGAGGGCCCCCACAUGGAGGGCCUCCUGGUGGUCAGUAUCCUCAGGGUUGGGGAAACGCAUAUCAGCAGUGGCAGCCACAUGAUCCCAGUAAGGCAGCUGCGGAUCCUAAUGCAGCGUGGGCGGCUUAUUACGCACAGUAUUACCAGCAGCCAGCAGGUGCCGCUAUGCCCGGACAGACCCCAGCGGCCCAACCAGCUGCUCCCGCGAUUGCAGACCAGAAUCAAGCUGCUCCGGGCGCCGCUCAGCCCGACUACACUAAAGCCUGGGAGGAGUACUACAAGAAGAUGGCUGCAGCAGGUGGAGGUGCGGCUCCGGCUGCAGGGGGCGCUCAAGCCGCAGGAGCCACUGCGGCAGCAGGACAGACUGAUUACAGCGCCGCGUGGGCCGAAUACUACAGACAGCAGGCUGCUUAUUACGGCCAGACGGGACAGACGCCCGGACAGCCCGGAGCAGCGCCACAGGGCCAACAGGCUCAGUGAAAGACUGUCGGUUAACCCAUCAUCAGUGGACGUCCUGCUUCUUCCCUCCAUCCUCUUGCUUUCCUCUGAGAAAAGGACUGAAGUUCUUCUGCUCUUCCUGUUCUUCUCUUCCUGUGUCCAGCAGGAGGCUGUGU